AUGAGAAAUGAGAUCACCACCUUUGUGCAGCAAGAAACUGAAUCCUUAUAUGAGGCAUGGGAAAGGUAUAAGGAGCUAAUGAGGAAAUGUCCACAUCAUGCUCUACCUGAAUGGUUGCAAGUGCAGAUUUUCUAUAAUGGUCUUUCACCCUCUUUUAAGGCAAUUUUAGAUGCAACAAGUGGAGGAUCAUUCAAUUUGAAAACACCAGAGGAAGCUUUGGAGACUCUAGAAUUAAUGGCGAACAACACAGUGAAUAUGCAGUUUGACCGUCAAAAUAGAAAAGUUGGAGUGUUGGAGGUUAAUACUUUGGAUGCUAUCUUAGCCCAAAACAAGUUGUUAACACAGCAAAUCACUGAUUUGACUCAGAAGCUGGGAAAUAUGCAAGCAAAUAAUGUGAAUACAAGAUCUCCAGGGUGUGAUUUCUGUGGAGGAAUGCAUGAGAAUGGUGAAUGCCAGGCCACUCACCAAGAGGCACAAGUUAAUGCAGUGGGACAACAACAGAAUCAAUUUUCUACCAACCUUAAUGCAAAUUGGAGGCCCCAACAAACUAGACCUUGGAGUAAUCCAAUCCAAUCUAACCCACCAAGGCCUCUAUAUCAAUAUCAAGCUCAACCCAACAAUCAAGGAAACGAGAUGUAUACGUUGGAAAAUGCACUAGAGAAACUAACUAUGCAAACUUCUACCUUUGUGGAGCAGACAUCAAAUUUCAUGAAUGAGACAAGGACAAACUUCAAGAACCAGGAAGCUUCAAUCAGAAAUUUGGAGAACCAGAUUGGUCAGCUUUCAAGACAACUCUCAGAGAGAUCUCCUGGCACAUUCCCUAGUGACACAAUACCAAACCCAAGGGAACAAUGCAAAGCAAUUCAAUUGAGGAGUGGAAGAGUAUUAGAGAGUGAAAAAAGGAGUGAGAUGGAGAGAGAGAAAAAUAAAAGAGUUGAUGAAAUAGUAGAAGAGAGUGCUGAAAAAGAAAUUGAGAGAAAAUGUGAGGAGAAGGAGAAGGGAGAAAAAAAUCAAGAGAGUGAGAAAAAGAUGCGUGAGUAUGUCCCUACAAUUCCAUUCCCUCAAAGAUUGGAGAAGCAAGAACAAGCCAAGCAAUUUGCAAGAUUUCUUUAUGUCUUUAAGAAGCUCCACAUUAAUAUUCCAUUUGCUGAAGCAUUGGAGCAAAUGCCAAGUUAUGCUAAAUUCAUGAAAGACUUGUUGUCAAAGAAAAGGAAGCUCUAA